GCCAUGCCCGACAAGUCCGACAACCCCAUGCGCCAGAUCAAGGUGGAGAAGCUGACCCUCAACAUCAGCGUCGGCGAGAGCGGCGACCGUCUCACGCGCGCGGCUAAGGUGCUGGAGCAGCUGACCGAGCAGCAGCCCGUGUUCUCGAAGUGCCGCAUGACGAUCAGGUCUUUCGGCGUCCGCCGCAACGAGAAAAUCGCCUGCCACGUGACAGUGCGUGGUGAAAAGGCAGAGGAGAUUCUGGAGAAGGGGCUCAAGGUGAAGGAGUACGAGCUCGUGAAGAGGAACUUUGCGAAGAAUGGCAGCUUCGGAUUCGGAAUCACGGAGCACAUCGACCUGGGCAUCAAGUACGACCCGAGCACUGGCAUCUACGGCAUGGACUUCUACGUGCACCUCUCUCGCCCCGGCAACCGCGUGAUGUUUCGGAAGCUCAAGCGCGGCAAGGUCGGAUUCGCGCACAGGUUGAAGAAGGACGACGGCAUGAAGUGGUUCCAAACGAAGUUCGAUGGCAUCAUCCUCAACAAAUGA